AGAAGCAGAAUUCUGCCCUGAGCUUUUCUUCUUCGUCUCCUGUUUGUCCUCUGCAGUUUGCUGCGCAAACGGUCAAAAAGCCUGGCUUUUCUCCCACUGCCACCUUCACUCCGCCUUCAAAAGCUGAUCACCACAAGUCGAUCAGCAUAUGAUGGGAAGUAAGGUCUCAGCUGUUGGUUGGUCAUAAGAAGUAUGGCACGUCUAUCAAUCUGAGCACAGAGAGAGGAAAUGUCACAAAGAGAAACAUUUAAGGGAUUAAAUGCAUGUUUGAGUCUAUGCAAAACAUUCGAGACUCGAGACUAAGCAUGGACAUAACACUUUUUUUUUUGAAAACAGAAAGGGUGGCGACAGCAAAGCUACAGGGGUUAUUUCAAAUGGGCAAGCUGUAAGAACAAGGCAUUGACUGUAAUGUCAAUCCCCUUGCCUGACUCCGGACCGCAUUUGGGAAAUGACUGGACACAGCCUAUCAGGCUAAAGCAUCUAUAUGCUGCCAGAGAUGGACUUCAUCUUCAAAUUAGAAGGGAUGGAAGAGUGGAUGGAUCCCCUCAACAAAGUGCUCUCAGCUUGAUGGAAAUACGUCCAGUUGAUAACGGCUGCGUGGCCAUCAAAGGAAUAGCAAGUUCUAAGUUCUUGUGCUUGGAGAGAGAAGGAAAAUUGUACGGAUCUUACAGCUAUGUGAGAGAUGACUGCACUUUUGUUGAGCAGAUUCUUCCAGAUGGAUACAACAUCUACAUUUCCAGCAAGCAUGGCACCCUGUUAAGCCUGGGUGUGAGGACCAGCAGCCAGGUCCAUGGUCAUGAAAAGGGUCUCAACACUCAUGCUCAGUUCUUGCCCAUGAGCAAUAAUUUGAAACAUACACAAAUCUACCACCGUGACUCAGUCCCUCUCUCUGAGCACCAUCAGGACACCCCAUUACACCUGCAAAUAGACAGCAUGGACCCUUUUGGAAAGGUUUCUCAGAUCUACAUACAAAGCCCCAGUUUCAACAAAAGAUGACCACUCCUUCAAAGAAUGUUCGAGCAUUCCACAUAAGGACAAUGGAAGCCAAUAAGUGCUCUGAUUCAGAUAAAAACAGGUCUGGACCAAAGUAGCGCUCUAGAAUCUUUGGUCUGGACUGAGAACAUUCCAGUUGGGCAUUUGAAUAUUGCAGACUGGGACACAACUCCAAGUGAAUGACUCCAGUGUGUUGAUAUUAGCUUGGAUUUUAAGACAGAGAUCUUUUCACAGGGUUUUUACUGUAUUUUGCUGUUAUUUUUCUCCUAAUAAGCUUCAUUGAGUAAAUUCCCAUUAUUUCCGCAUGUAAUGAGCAGUUAGUCAACUGUUUGUUGUCUGAUUAUUUGUUCUUAUACAUUUUGUAAGCCUGAAAAUUUGUGAGCAUUCUUGGUCUGAGACCAUCCAUUGAUUGAGAUGUAGGCCUUGUGCAUGUUUGAUGGAUGUUAUGUUAAGAUGUAUUACGCUACAUUUUCAAAAAUACAUGGUCACAUGGUUCAUAUUUGUGAAACACUUCAACAUUUUACAUAUUUAAAGGUUCAGUCUGCAAUUCCAAUCUAAUAGGCCUAUGUUUUUUGUCAGAUUGUUCCUAAUAUCCUCUAUAGUACGUUCUGUGAAUGUCUGCUA